CAAGAUAAUAAUCAUAAUACAUAUUUCCAUUUUCCAUUUCUCCUCCGAUGUCAAGCUUCGCCGUCGCCGGUGCUGAAAUGAGAUCGGUUGCUGUCGCCGUCAGUGGAAGCUCCGGCUGCGCCAGGGGAAGCAGGCGAGCCGUGCAAUGGGCGGCGGAGAAUCUAGUGCCUCAAGCCGAUAGGUUCAUCUUAGUCCACGUCAUCCCUAGAGUCACUUCAAUUCCAACGCCAUCUGGAGAGUGUGUUCCGAUUUCGGAAGCAGAUUCGGAUGUCUUAGCAGCUUAUGUGCAGGAUGUGAAGCAAAAAUCUGAAGAAAUCUUCGUUCCAUUCAAAGAACUAUGCAAAUCAAGCAGGAUGGAAACCUUGCUACUAGAAGAUGACAAUCCUGCAGAUGCACUUCUAAGCUUUAUCUCUGAAUCUGGCAUCCAGAUACUAGUGAUGGGUCCUGACUCCUCAAAUUUUAUUACAAGAAAAUUGAAAGGACCAGGGAUAUCAGCGACCGUUCUAAGAAGUGCUCCUGACAGCUGUGAUGUAUAUCUUGUAGCUAGAGAUAAAAUUAUGUCGAAGUUAGCUGAUUCUUCAUCUUUUAAUUCUCAAGAGAGUAGUUCAAGGUAUUCUGUGAAUUCUCAAGAAAAUAAAGGGGAAAGUGGUGUAGGGAUUUGCAGAGAAAUGUCCGGAAUUAAUACUCCAAUUCUAAAAAAUUUUCGAUUUUUAUCGAUAUCAGACCGUAGUUAUAUUGGUCUACAAACAUCCAGUCGCAGGAGCUCAUUUGAUAAUUCUAGCAGUGGUGAUGAUUUUGAAGCUAUUAGCCUCCACUCAUUCGACUAUGUAACUUCUGCGCAACGUGAACAGUUAGCAAUGCAAGAAGAAGUGGAUCGGCUACAGCUGGAGUUGCAGAAUACUAUUGCUAUGUACAAACAAGCCUGUGAAGACCUAGCUCAUGUUCGAAACAAGACCCUUCUACUUUCUUCUGAAUCUCUUGAAGAAGCUAAAAGAGUACAUGCUUCCCUUGAAAACGAGCAGACUUUGAGAAAAGUUGCUGCUGAAGAGAAAGAGAAGUAUUUAAAAGUUAUGAAGGAACUUGAGGAGGCAAAAAACGUGCUUGCCAAAGAGUCGUAUGAAAGACAGAUUGCUGAACUUGAUGUCCUUAAAGAAUCCAUAGAAAAAAAGAGAAUAGUCGAUACAUUGAUCUCACAUGACAAGAGAUACAGAAUUUACACCAUGGAUGAAAUCAAGGAAGCAACAAAUUUCUUCUCUGAGGACUUGGUAAUUGGUGAAGGAGGGUAUGGGAAAGUUUACAAGUGCACUCUGGAUCACACACCAGUAGCAGUAAAGGUUCUCCAUCCAGAUGCAAUCAACAAGAAAGAGGAGUUUCUGAAAGAGGUUGAGAUUCUUAGUCAACUACACCAUCCAAACAUGGUUUUGUUACUUGGAGCUUGUCCUGAUACCGGUUGCCUUGUUUAUGAAUACAUGGACAAUGGAAGUCUAGAAGACUAUAUUUUCAAGAGAAAUGAGAAACAGCCUCUUCCUUGGUUUACUCGAUUCCAUAUUGUUUUUGAGAUGGCCUGUGGGCUCUCAUUCUUACACAACACAAAGCCAGAGCCUAUUGUUCAUCGAGAUAUCAAACCUGGCAAUAUCCUGUUAGACAGGAAUUAUGUGAGCAAAAUUGCGGACGUAGGGCUGGCUAAACUCCUUUCAGAUGUCGUGCCUGACAAUGUCACAGAGUACAGAGAAUCCAUGCUUGCCGGUACUCUCCAUUACAUGGAUCCAGAGUAUCAGAGGACUGGCACAGUCCGUACAAAAUCAGAUGUAUAUGCUUUUGGACUUAUAACUCUUCAGCUGAUUACUUCUCGCCACGCGCGUGGACUCAUUUUGGCUGCUGAAGAUGCAGUUAUGAAGGGCUCCCUUGGUGAUAUUUUAGAUAAAUCAGCUGGUGAUUGGCCUCUCAAUGAGACAUUGGAAUUGGCCCAAAUUGCCCUUAAAUGUGUUGCACUUAGAUGCAGGGAUAGACCAGAUCUUGACACUGAAGUUCUUCCACAGCUUGAAAGACUUUCUGUUGUGGCAGAUGCAGGUGCAAGGAUAGGAAGAAGAAAGAGUAUACACACACCAAGCCAGUAUUAUUGUCCAAUCCUUCAGGAAAUAAUGGAUGAUCCGCACGUGGCUGCGGAUGGUUUCACCUAUGAGUACAGAGCAAUCAAAGCAUGGCUUAGCAGACACAACGUUUCACCGGUGACAAAGCAUAAACUCAGAAAUUCUAUGUUGAUUCCGAACCAUACUUUACGUUCUGCCAUUCAAGAGUGGAAGUCAGGAGUGUCCUCAUUUGAUUAGAAAACAUAUAUGACUUUUACUUGCUGCAUUGAAACCGUUAGUUAGCAUUUGAAUUGCACAAAGGGUUUAUAUAACAUUUUUUGGAAUUUAGGUAAAGCAUUUUUUCCCUAUACAAAAAAAUUGUAAAUAAACUUUCCUUGCCCCAUUGGAUUAUAGCGUACAUAGUUCAAAUCAAUAUAGAGAUGUGUUGGACAAGAUGCAGAUUUAUGAUGCAUAAAAUAUUAUGAUAUUUGUAAUUAUCGUGA